GUGAUCCGCUGCUAUUAGACACGGAAGCCUGUUAAGCGAAAGCUUCUUCUAUUCCGUCCACAACUAUUUGAACCAUUUGAAUAAUCUGUAAACGGAGGGAUAUUUGAGAAUUGUGUUACUCAACUAUGAGUGAGAAUAAGUCGGACGAUGUUUUGCAGCAUUUUAUCAAACAUACUGAGAAAUCAAAUGUAAGAAGGUCGAUCAUUGUUCAAGCAACUAAGAGGAAAGCGUCUAAGAUUGCACUAGUCGCAUUUGGUUUUGCUUGUGCAAGUUAUGUCUACUCUUUGUAUGCUAUAAAACGAAACCGAGAGCUUGGUACUUCAUUCGAUCAACUCCCUUCAUAUACCUCUUCAGAGUGAUAUAGCGAGCUUUGAUAUCAGUUGAUGCUAAUGUGUACUCGGGAAGUCAUCUAUAUUUGUACCUCAUCCUUAGGAAUCGGUUAAAUAUACAUAUAUUCAUAAAUA